AGACAUGGAAUACAGGAAUUUUGUGACUGUGUUGGAGUCUUCCAUCUGAUGACUUACAACAUUUGUAGUCUCUCCCUCCCUCUCUGUCUUCUCCAUUAAUCUGUCAGUGUGGGUUAGCAUUCUGGCAAUGACAAACAGCAGUACGCUUUAUAUUGUUACAGAGAUUAUUGCUUAGAGAUUUGAGGGAAUACAGACGUGUUUUGUGCCUUACAGGCUUCCAAGGUGACCAUUCAGUUCGCUGAACUGUGUUACAGAGCCUGCACAGUUUUAUCAGUAUGGCAGAACCAGUGCUGUUGUCUUGGUAACUAUGUCGCACAAAAUCAGCUUUGCGAGCGCAUAGCAUACUCCUCUCGCCAAUACAGCAUACAUCAAAUGGGAAACGGGUCCCUAAGUAGCAGUUUCUAAAAAAUGUGAUACUUUAACAAAUACUUGAUUUGGUGAUAGUUCAGCUUUUGUGACAAGAUAACCACAAGACUUAUUUUCCAGAGCAAAGUAAACCUAACCUGAUAGUUUAUAAUACUUUAUUACACAGGCAUCAUUUUCUGGAAGGAAGUUUUUACCAUCUUACCUGUUUCAUACCCAUAAAUCCAUCCUCAGUGUCUUUACCGUGCUCUCUUCAGUCCUUUUUCUGUGAUGUUGUGCUGAAUAAGCAGUCAUUUCCUGGGCCUUCCUUUACUAGGUAGUGUAUUGGAAGUCCUAGUAUUAGUACUGAAAGAGUAAAGCAACUGUAGCUGCGCUUUGUCCCCAUGAUUAAUGAGCUCUCGUCGAUGCCACUCUGCCUGCCUUAUUAUUCUGCCUGUACAGCGCUGGACUCGAUAUUCUAGACUGGGAGGCAGUGUUGCAGGCCCCAGGCAUGGAAGAGUUGAUAUGGGAACAGUACACUGUGACCUUACAAAAGGAUUCAAAAAGAGGAUUUGGAAUUGCAGUUUCUGGCGGCAGAGAUAACCCUCAUUUUGAAAAUGGUGAAACAUCGAUAGUCAUUUCAGAUGUUCUCCCAGGUGGCCCAGCAGAUGGAUUACUUCAAGAAAAUGACCGGGUGGUCAUAGUUAACGGGACCCCAAUGGAAAAUGUUCCACAUUCUUUUGCAGUCCAGCAGCUUAGGAAAAGUGGAAAAGUGGCCACCAUUGUAGUGAAAAGACCAAGGAAAGUGCAGGCUGCUUCACUGAAGAGGAGCCCCUCCCUUGACUAUGAGGACAGACCUUUAGAUGUACUGGAUGACCAUGCAGAAUUUGAUGGCAAAAGUGCUCGAAGUGGCUAUAGUGACAGAAGCUGGCACAGUGGUAAUGGAGGGCGCAGCCAAAGCUGGGGAAACAGCCUGGAUCAGAGCUACAGAGAUGAACAAGGCAGAGGGCGAAACCGAAGCAGAGACCACGAUAAGGAACGCAGCUACAGCCGUGAUCGAAGCCGUGGUAGAAGUGUUGACAGAAGCUUGGAUCAAGACUGUGGGAGAGAUCGAAGCAGGGGAAGGAGCUUCGACAGGGAUGGCUAUGAGCGGAAUUAUAGAGGAGACUACAGCCCACCCAGUUAUAGCCACAGAUCUCAACCUGAUCCUAGAUAUGAGAGGGAAGUGAGGAGUCGAAGUCGGGAUAGGCUUCAUUCCCGAAGUCCUUCGCCUGAAGUACACUAUCACCAUGACUACCUAGGCCCUCAGGACCAGAAUGGGCCUAUCAGUGUUCUCUUAACGAAAGGCAGACAUAACGAAGAAUAUGGCCUCCGGCUUGGCAGUCAGAUCUUCAUAAAAGAAAUGACCCGUACUGGCCUAGCAACCAAGGAUGGCAACCUUCAUGAAGGGGAUAUCAUUCUCAAGAUCAAUGGUACAGUGACAGAAAACAUGUCUUUAGCUGAUGCCCGAAAAUUGAUUGAGAAGUCACGGGGGAAGCUUCAGUUGGUUGUCCUCAGGGACAGAAAGCAGACACUGCUCAACAUUCCUUCAUUGAACGACAGUGACUCAGAAAUGGAUGACAUUUCUGAAAUAGAGUCAAACAGAUCUUUGUCCCCUCAAGAUGACAGAUUACACCAUUCCGAUGUAGAUUCACAUUCAUCCAAUGAAAAGCUGAAAGAGAAAUCAAAUGCAAAAGAUGAUCCAUCCAGUAAGAUGUCUAGGAUAGGAGCAAUGCCUACACCAUUCAAGUCGACUGGUGACUUUGCUACUUCUGCUGUUACAGUUGCAGACACAAGCAGAGAACUGAAGUACCAGGAUGACACAGUAGUGUCUCAGCCAAAAGCAGUUACAAGAACAAUUCUUAAGCCCAGCCCUGAAGAUGAAGCAAUAUAUGGUCCUAAUACAAAAAUGGUGAGAUUCAAGAAAGGGGACAGUGUGGGUCUACGAUUGGCUGGCGGAAAUGAUGUAGGGAUAUUCAUUGCUGGAAUCCAAGAAGGCACUUCAGCUGAUCAGGAAGGACUGCAGGAAGGAGAUCAGAUUCUUAAGGUGAACACUCAAGACUUCAGAGGCAUUGUUCGGGAAGAUGCCGUUUUGUAUCUCUUAGAAAUUCCCAAAGGAGAAACAGUGACAAUUUUGGCUCAAAGCAAGUAUGAAGUCUACAGAGAUAUCAUGGCCUGUGGAAGAGGAGAUUCAUUCUUCAUCAGAAGCCACUUUGAGUGUGAGAAAGAGUCACCACAGAGCUUAGCAUUCACCAGAGGGGAGAUCUUUAGAGUAGUCGAUACACUGUAUGAUGGCAAACUGGGAAACUGGCUGGCUGUGAGGAUUGGAAAUGAGCUGGAGAAGGGCCUCAUUCCAAAUAAGAGCAGAGCUGAGCAGAUGGCCAGUGUUCAAAAUGCCCAAAAAGACGGCUCAAGCGAUAGGGCAGACUUCUGGAGAACACGUGGCCAGCGAUCUGGAGUGAAGAAGAAUCUGAGGAAGAGUCGUGAAGAUCUGGCAGCGAUUGUAUCUGUGAGCACAAAAUUCCCAGCUUAUGAACGAGUUCAGUUGCGUGAAGCUGGUUUUAAGAGACCUGUGGUGAUAUUUGGCCCUAUUGCAGAUGUUGCUAUGGAGAAGUUGUCAAAUGAUUUGCCUCACCUGUAUCAGACAGCGAAGACAGAACCCAGAGAUGCAGGUUCAGAGAAGUCAACUGGGGUAGUGCGCUUGAACACUGUGAGGCAAAUCAUUGAGCAGGAUAAACAUGCUCUGUUGGACGUGACUCCUAAGGCAGUGGACCUGCUAAAUUAUACCCAGUGGUUUCCAAUUGUGGUCUUCUUUAACCCAGACAGUAAACAGGGUGUGAAAACAAUGAGACAAAGGCUAUGUUCCACAUCCAAUAAGAGCUCAAGGAAACUCUACGAGCAAGCGAACAAACUGAAGAAAACUUGUUCCCACCUUUUUACAGCCACCAUCAAUUUGAAUUCAACCAAUGACAGCUGGUAUGGCAGUCUGAAAGAUAUAAUUCAGCAACAGCAAGGAGAAGCAGUAUGGGUAUCUGAAGGAAAGCUGGAUGGCAUGGAAGAUGAUGCAGAUGAUCGUAUGUCUUACCUUACUGCAAUGGGGGCUGAUUAUUUGAGUUGUGACAGUCGGCUGAUCAGUGACCUAGAGGAUACGGAUGGAGAAGGAGGUGCAUACACUGACAAUGAACUCGAUGAGCCUCUAGAUGAACCAAGGGUUUCAUCUGUUAGCCGGUCUUCAGAACCUGUGCAUCUUGAGGAGAGUUUAAAAAAAAAUAGCCCAGAACCAAGGGCUCAAUUAAGAAAAGCUGGUAGCAGAGAGAUCCUUAGAGAGCCAAGUCCACCUCCAUCAUUCAAGCCUGAACCACCUAAGGGAAAAUUACAAAAUAAAGAGGAUCUUUAUGACUUCCCCAAGAACUAUGACUCCAAAUCAAGUAACAUUGCUGCCAGCAGUGAGAUUUCAACUGUAUCAGCUAAAGCAGCACCACCACCAGUUUCUGUGAAACCUGCAUUUGGACGUCCCAUUAUGAGAAACUCUCAGCCAGCAGUCCCAUCUGCAGAGGAGGAAGAGGAGGCCAAGCUGGAAGAGGAAGGAAGUGAACAAGAAAGUACUCCAAAGUCUGUACUGAGGAAAGUAAAAAUAUUUGAAGAGAUGGAUCAUAAGGCAAGGAUGCAAAGAAUGCAAGAGCUACAAGAGGCCCAAAAUGCCAGGCUUGAAAUAGCCCAGAAGCAUCCAGAUAUUUAUGCUGUCCCUGUCAAAACACCGAAAGCAGAACAGAGCUGGCCCCAGCCUAUGAGCUCCAGACCUCCAGAGCCCCAGAAAGUGCCUCUUAGACCUUACCUAGAGAACCGUGGCAGUUAUGGCAGCGAUGCAGAGGAGGAGGAGGAGUACCGUCGGCAGCUAUCGGACCACUCUAAGAAGGGAUAUUAUGGACAGCCAUCCAGAUACAGAGACACAGAAUUGUAGGCUCACUAGUGUGUGCAUACAUAAUGCUCUUUGAGGUUUCUUCCUUCACAGCCAAAGUGGAGCCGUAGUUAGUCUUGAAAAGCUGUACUUUAAUUAGGGGUGGUGUUAGAGGGUGCCCUACUCAACUUAGACAUAUCUAUACGCUGGAACUGGAAGAGUUCAUUGUUGGGGAUAUUUUUUUGUUAGCAUCUGAGAGAAAAAAUCACUAUUGCCUGAAUGCUGUUGCCUGGUUUAUAAGGACCAAAUCCUAAAAGGUUUUGUUAAUUCUUGGUAUUUUAAUAUUUUAACAUAAACCUCCUUAUUUCCCUUUUAUUAAUGCUGCCUUUUUUGGACUGUUCUGCUGUGUUGUGGAAGUAUGAUCUGAGAGAUGCACUUCUUAAUGCAACAGAACUAUAUUUGAAAGUGUAUUUGAAGAACUGUAAGUGCCUUUAACAAGAAGAAUCUUAAACUCUUUGUUUUGACAUCUGAUACUUGGUGCAGAGCCAUAACACACUAAAAGGGGAUUGUCUGUUUUACCUGUUUGCUUUUUGGUUUUGGUUUUUGGUUUUUUUUUUAUCAGUUUCAUGGUAAUAAUUUCCCAUGCAUGUUAUUUUUCUAAGUCCAUAGAUGCAUAUGCAAUAUUUCAUAAAUACUGACUGUACAUAAUAAAGAUGUGAUUGAUUAAGUUGUUGGAAGACACCAGGAUGUGUUUAAACAGAUAAAAUGAUGUAGAAAUUCAGCUAUGUAUUAAAACUUACAGACUGCAAAUAAUAAAGGAUAUAUUCUAGACACAAA